GUUGCCAUGUAGUAAAUUGAGCAAAUGUAAACAUAAAAAACUUAUAAGUUCGCGGUGAAUUGUUUCUUUAAUCACUAAAAGCAAUAUUUAUUAAGCAAAAAGUUAAUAAAAAGUUGAAUAGGCAUUUGGAGGCACGUGCGGAAAGUAUUGCUUUGGUGGUUUGCGGUGAUCUGUGGUGCAACAGACACAGAAUCCAUCGCAUCGCAUCGCAAAAGCCGCUUCCCACGGGCGCCCCAAACAACUAACUCCGCAAAAAAAAAAACAACAGAAAACCCACAAGAACUUGGUUGGGAUAGCUUCGGUUUAUCCGGUUCUUUCCAUGCUCCAAUAAAGAAACGUGAAAAGUGUACAAGUUGGGGGUCUCUGGCUUAACCAAUGUGGCACUUCCAAUGAAAAAUCAAUUACAAGUCGUUGGACGUUCUCAGUAUUGGUUAUUGGCAAGAAGAGCCCACAGGCAGCUAUAAGAGUUACAAUUGUAAAGAUAGAUUAGCGCUUAAGCAUGUCCGAGGAUGCAGAUACCAUGGCACAGGAGUUGCCGGCUCCGGCAAAUAGGAAGCGCGCCCGACUGGAGGAUGAGGAGCAGGCGCUAAAGGUUGCCGGCUUCUCGCUGAGCGCCAUUGAAGAGAUGCGACAGACACGCGACGCCGAGUUGCAGAGCGAGACCAUGGACCAGCAGCUGCGCCAGUUCCAGGUGCUCGACGAGAUAGGCACGGCCAGCGAUGAGGAUGAGUCAGAAGACGAAAAUAGCGAAAAGCUGACAGGCGAAAACGGUGGCGAUGACGAAGAUGCUGGCGAUGGUGAGGGAGAUGAAUACGAUUCCUCGGACUUUGAUGACGACGAAAUUGAGAAUCUCCUGGAUGAGAAGCUGCCUGAUGAACUGCGCGAAUCCAAGCGACCCAAAUACGAGCAGCGCUUCAAGACCGUAAUGGAAGAGAAGCGUCACAAUCACUUCGAGGUGCUGCCCGAGGGUUGGGUGCAAGUGACGCAUAACAGCGGUAUUCCGCUCUUCCUGCACCGUAAGACGCGCGUCUGUUGCGCCUCUCGGCCGUACUUCCUGGGCACCGGAAGUGCCCGCAAGCAUGCCGUACCAUUGGGGGCUAUACCCUGCCUAAACUAUCGUCGUGCUCUGGAUGAAGAGGCCGAGGCUGAACAGCAAAUCAAAGAGUCCACCCCGCCGGCAGGCGUUUGUCCCAUUGCUGCUGUUGCCAAGGCCGCUGAAGAGGAACCUAUGGCUGUGGAGGGUAAGGAGACAAGCGAAGCUACCACAGAGCAUACGACGACGACUAAGCCCGAUGUUAAGAACGAGGCACAGCCCGAGACACUUGCGGCUGUGAUGCCAGCAGCAAAAAUCGUCACCGUCAAGGAGAACACACAGACGGAGUCGGUGACUCCGGACCAACUGAAUGCGUACUGCCAGAAGCUGUUCAAGUUCAAGGUGAUCCGUGUGCUGCGCUUCCGCAGCUGGAAUGCGCGCCGCAGGUUCACCAAGAACCGAAAGCACAUCAAAAACAUCCAGAGACCCACUCUGCCCGAUGGCACGAAGCUUAUCAAGUUCCCCAUUCUAGCGGCUAGCGGAGAGGGCAACACCAAUCCUCGUGCGCGCAAGGAAUGGAUCAUGAACCCGAACGGCAAAAGCUUUGUCUGCAUCCUCCACGAGUAUGUGCAGCACGCCUUGAAGACGCAGCCCACCUACGAAUUCAAGGAGUUGCAGAAUGCGGCGACGCCCUAUUCGGCGAUCGUUUCGGUGAACAAUCUGAAGUAUGGUACGGGCUAUGGCACCAGCAAAAAGCAGGCCAAAUCGGAGGCGGCACGAGAGACCCUGGAGAUUCUCAUACCCGAUGUUAAGGACAAAAUAACGGGCAACAAGGACACGAAGGGCGCCACAGCCAAAAAGGGACAAAGCGAUCUAUCAGUAUUCGAUGACAUCCGGAUUGAGGAUCCCCGAGUCACCGAAUUCUGCAACAAGACGACAGAGCCUUCUCCCAAUGCCAUUCUCCUCACGUGUCUGCAGCGUAAUUACGGCAGCGAUGUGCAAAUUAGCCAAGAGAUUAAUCGGACAGCCAACAACAAGAACGAGUUUACCAUGACCGUCGGCAAGCACACCGCCAAGGUGGUGUGCAAGAACAAGCGCGAAGGCAAGCAGCUGGCCUCGCAGGCCAUCCUCCAGAUACUGCACCCGCACAUCCAAACGUGGGGCUCUCUAUUGCGUUUGUAUGGCAACAAUUCGAUCAAGACGUUCAAGGAGAAGAAGCUAGAAGAGCAGGAGAUCACCGUGCUGCAGAGCAAGGCGGCAGUGAAUCAGCCAAACUACGCCAUUCUCGAGAAGCUCAAGAUGGAGAUGCUCAAGCUGUCCGCCAAGCAGGAGAGCGUCCUCACCAUGGGCACCUUUGUCCCUCCCAACGAUGUCGAUCUGCCCACAUCGUCUGGCUCCAAUCUGAACAAUGUAGAAUUAUAGCAUACGGGAGCAUCCUCUCUAAAGAGAUCUGGCCUCUCACCCUCAUGACAAGAGCUCACAUCUACCAGUCUGCCAGAUUUAUGAUUAUAAAUAUAAAUUUUACGACAAUCGCGA